CUGCUUGGUGGUAAAUAUUUCCGAGCAGAGGGGGGCAGGACGACCCCGACUGGCAGCGGUGCAGUCGAAAUACGUGACCAGUGUUUGUGUUUUUAACGUGCUUUUCAUGGUGUGAUGCAGCUGAAUGGGGGAAAUUGCGUAAGUGUUUUCAGUAGCGGAUCAGUAGCCCGUGCAUCGGCGUGAGAGCCCGGCCGAGCUCCGAGCAGAGGCGGGAAUGGAGCGGAGCGACGGGGACGAGAAUGAGAGCUGCGCGUCCCAACAGAACACGAUGUGGAAACAGUUCCAAGCCAAAGCCAAGCCGCUGCUCAGCCCCAAGCUGGGCGCCAGAGACCCGGAGGACAAGAAGGAGCGGGGCAUGUGGAUGUUCAAGAAGAUGAAGCGGAAGGAGAACGUCGUCCUGGACCGGGUGAUCUCCUCCUCACAGCCCGACCUGCUCUUCUCCUCUCAGGUAGAUGUGGAGGCGAAGGAGGCUCAUCUCUGCGGCAAAGCGGCGGGGAGCGGCUCCGGACUCGGCCGGGAGAAGCUGCAGUCGUCCUCCAAGUACAAGACUUCCAGCCCGAACAAACCCACCGUGGCUCAGCUGGUACAGUCCCACCAUAAGAGCUCCUCGCUGGGGUCUGCGUGCCUGGAGAAGCUGGCCGAGCCACCGGGUGCCCCAACCACCGAGAAGGAGUGA